GCACCGGGGCGGACAUCCCCCUCCUUACGCUAAGAAACGAACGCAAUGACAUGAACGAAGCCACAGGAACUCUUCAAGUCAAACACAACAAAAAACCUGCUACACUGAGCGGCUCAAGAUGGUUUUAGAAAGUAUUUCAAGGAUAAUUAAAGUCCAGCUGCCAGCCUACCUCAAGAAGCUCCCGCUGCCGGAGACUAUCGGCGGAUUUGCAAGGUUGACAGUGUCCGAGUGGCUCCGGUUGCUGCCCCUCCUGGGUAUCCUGGCUCUGCUGGGCUAUCUGACCAUUCGCCCAUUCCUGCCCAAGAAGAAGAAACAGAAGGACAGCCUGAUCAACCUGAAGAUCCAGAAAGAGAACCCAAAAGUGGUGAACGAGAUAGACAUCGAGGACCUGAACAGCGCGAAUGUGUGUUACUGUCGCUGCUGGCGCUCCAAAACAUUUCCUGUCUGCGACAAGUCACACUUAAAGCAUAAUGAGCUAACUGGCGACAACGUGGGACCGCUCAUACUCAAAAAGAAGAUACUGUAAUCGACCACUGAUGGGAGUCUUCCUUUCACCUACCCAGCCUUCAGUUUUUUUAUUUCUCAGCUGUACUUCCUUUUUUUUUUUUUUUUCUAUUUCUCUGUGGUGUUACAUUAAUGUUGGUCUUUAUUUGAAGUGGUCCUAACGCACCUAAAAUACAAAACGCCCACAGUCUAAAUGUGUGAAAACUGUAUUUUAGGUUGUGCGGUUAAAGGUUUUUUUUUUUAUGGCACAUUCUUCACUGUUCACUUUUGUCGGUUAAAAGAAGCAUCCCCUUUUUAUACGACUGUAAAACUUUAGUCUCCGUCUUUUUCCAAAUCCACACUUUGCCAUCGGGACCACUUUCUGAGGGGAAAACUUGAAACAAUUGCAGUGACUUUAUGAUUUAACAAUGUAUGUUUUUUUUUUUCCCUGUUUUACUAGUCCGACCUGUAUCAACAUUCUGUACAUGUGCAUGUCUUCAUCUUGGUCAAUUCUUUGGUAUUAUUUAACAGCCAGCCUUGUGUCAGCGUGUCACAUAUUACCAUGUCCGCACUUUUGAGGUUGAGAAAUAUUCCCUUUCUAAGUUAUUGUGUGUAUGGGAGGCCACUCGUUCUUCUUCAGAUGAGUUUUGUUCAUAGCCUUUAAACAUUUGAGUUUGACCGUCACCUGCAAACAUUUCAAACCGCUGCACCACUGAAUCUAUCCACCUCACGGCUCUGUUGAGGUUUCUGAACUUAACUUCUGCAUUUUGCUCUGUACCGUUCAUUUGUCUUGCCUCUGUAUUGUCAUAAUAGCUGUAUAUAGUUGAUUUCCAGCUGGAGUUUUUUUUUUUUUUUUCCUUUUAAAUUCAUCAGCAAUAUUUUUUACAUAAAUGACCUUUAUUGUCAGAUCUGUAUUUUUAUGAAUGACUGUGCUUCAUUCCCUUCUUUCGCCGCUAUGAUUGGGAAACACUUCAUGUCAGCUUGAGUCACGUAAAACUUGAAUUAAGAUUCAUAUUUCUACAAUAGUGCAUUGUUUUAGGCACUUCCGUCAGUAUGGCCCCAAAACACGGUGUAUUAGCACAGUAUACAGCUGAGGCAAAUAGGAUUGAUAGAAGUUUUUCACAUAUUUGGUUAUAGACAGAUAAAAUGUUUGACCUAAUGAUGGCUCUAGAUUAAAAGUCAGACAGCACAGGUCAGCAGGAUACGUCCUCCGAGAGCCAUGAAGGGCUACAAAACUGUGCCAGUCCAUCCAGACUUCACUAGAUAAGUGAAAACUCAGGUCUGCUGAGGGUUCUAUGCCUGUGACAGAACAUUCAAUGGACCAAAACACUAGAGUUGACAAUACAGUGACCUGAAUUAAAGAUAUUAUAAAACAUAAAUUAAGUCAAAUUGUACAAACUGUGUUCAGGCUUUCGUCGUGUAAUAAUUCCACCAGAGAGACAGAGAACAAUUCUUGGUAUGUUCUAUCAUUUAUUGCUCAAAGAAUAUUCAGUAAAAAACUAAUGUUCAAUCAUGUAAAUCUUUCAUAAAUUACUAAUAAUACACAAGGACUUUUUGAAUUUAAAUAAACUCAGACAAAUUAAAACGUUCUUAAGUUACACUGCAUACUUUUGUAAUAGAAAAA